GGGCAUACGACGGCUCGCUAAUUACUGAGCCCGCCUUUGGCGCGUCGUUCUAAUCGAAAGUCUGUCUGUAAGCAACGGACCCGCAUAAACUAAUCAUCAUCGUGCAAUGUCCUACCAUACGCCAACACGCGCGCCAACUCGAUGGUUGCCAACGUAUCCCAUUGGAUAUUUUUGAAAGGCAGACCCAGCACCGCGAUGAACACUCUCGUGUCAAGCUAAGCGGUAUUAACGCUUAGUCCAUAGGGAUUCUGUUUACUAUACGAGAAAGCACCAAGUCAUGCUAUUUGAGGCGGCUGGUACGUGUAAACACACAGAGUAUACGAAUUUGUCAAAUAAUAUCAUCCUGUUACUCGAAGCAAAAUGUCACGAAUUGAAAAUACGGAAUAAUUCGUAAAUGAUGGUAAACUAUAUUGGAAACAUUUUAUAUACGCGCCGUGGAACGACGAUAACAAGUAAGAAUCGCUCGUAAUGUCAAUAACGCCAUUAAUGACAAUUAUAUCGAAAUUGGAAUUAAAUUUUCACCAAGAAUAACAUAAUGGAAAAUUGGAAGGCUACUUUCAUACAAAUCAGUCUGCAGUUCUUUUUCUAUGCUACUGUUGGUACAGUUGAACUGGAGAACGAAGAAUCUGUAGAAAAUGAUGAAAGCAUUGCGUUUUGCCCAUAUUUUCAAAACCGUGUGCCAAAACGACAACUAGAUUUGGUGGAUUGUAGGUGGUAUAAAGACUAUUCGUGCUGUACCCAGAGUGAGAUCGACGUGUUGUUCACCAUUACUGGACCACAGUCUACCAGCAAUGAAUGCCGGGAAUGGAUCACGUACCUAAAGUGUUGGGUGUGCUCACCUCGACAGCAUCUAUUUUAUUCCUACCAACAUCUGUCAGUGUGCGAGAACUUCUGCCAUAAAUUCUUCGCGGCGUGUCAAAAUGCGACGUUGGAGGAGACCGCAAUCGGUGUUUCUAACUCGGAUGGCAUAGGGUUUUGUCUGGAUAGAAAGUUUGACGUGAAAGCGGACGAUUCUGGUCAAUGUUAUGAUUUCGAUCCAUUAAUUGAGAUCAAAAACACUGCCCCGAGUUGUGGGAGAAUGAGUGCGGUUUUUCAAACACUGAUAUUCAUGUUCAUUUUACGAAGUUGAAUCUUUCACAGUCUGGAAUGUAUUAUUCUUUGUUGUAUUAUACGUUUUCUCUGUUUUUUGUUAUGAUAAUAUAAACAUAU